AUGUCAGAUAUCAGAAUUUACUACGAAGACGGAAUAAAUGCUCCAGUCGAUGGGCAUGGAAACGAAGCUGUUGAGAUGGAUGUAGACAACGAAGCCUUCCUUCUCGGUAACAUUACCAACUACAAUACUUACGUUGAUAGGAUGCCACCUGAAAGAGAAUUGACCGCACUAAAAGAGAAAAAGAUUAAAAAUAAGAAAAAUGUGCCCAAGACUGAAUAUAACAGCUACACAGACAAAGACAAGGCAAGAUUUUUUAUCCUUAUCUACGACCAUGGCAUGAAUCCUAAUCAAGCUUGGAAAGCGCACGGCCAUAUAUCAAGAACAACUGCUUACAGAUGGUACGCAGAGGAUCAAAAAAAGGUUAACAAAGAAAUUGAGGACGAUGAAGAGCCAGUUAAGAGAGCAGAUAAUCCAUCAGUAACAAUCGAACAAGCUCAUGAGAGUCUUGUUAAGGCUUUCUCGGGUUUGACUAUCAGCCAAACGACUAUUUACAACUACAUCACCAAUGAUCUUGCCUUGACUUUCAAGAAAGCUCAUUUCCAUUCCAAAGAAAGAAACUCGCCUGAGAACAUUCAAAACAACCGGUAUGACUGGGUAGUCAAAUGGAGCCAAACCGACAUGGAUUACAUGUCCAACUGUGUUUUCAUUGAUGAGUCAGCUUUCCAUAUUAACUUGAAGCGGACAAUGGCUUGGUCAGAGAAAGGAACUCGAGCUGAAGUGCCUGUACCUCAAACAAGAGCGAAAACUACCGCUAUUAUUGGCGCAACUAGCGUAUGGGGAGUGCUGAAUGUUCAAGUGAGGUUGCCUGGAACAUCCAACAAGAAAAGAAAGUUAGCUGGCACUUCUUCUGGAAAAGCAACAACAACUGUGAAUACUGUAACUGGCCGCUACUUUAACUUUAUUGCGAAAGCGAUUGAUAUCAUGGACCAGCAUGAGCAAUUCAAAGAUUUUUAUCUUGUUAUGGACAAUGCACCCAUCCAUGCAGCCAAGGAUAUUGAGAGGUAUAUCAUUCAGCAAGGUUACAGAUGUGUUUACCUCCCACCAUACUCCCCUGAGCUUAAUCCUAUUGAGCAAUUCUGGCAUGUGGUCAAGAGUAAACUCAAGAGGGAGAGGCUCUUAAAUACUGAAACACUUUCGACCAGGAUUACCGACGAUGCAUGCAAUGAUGUAUUGUACAGUGAUCUUGAAAGUUCUGCUCGCUACUCUGUUAAGAAAUUCGAUGUUUGUUUGGCGAAAGAGCCUUUGUAA